GUUCCUACAGAUGUUUAUUGCAUGUUUCGUUUUUUGUUUUCCGUUCGCCUGUUGAGUCGCUGUUGUUGCUGCGUUCGCCACUAUAGAAAGAUCCAACCACGCAUUCGAGCAUUCAAAACUCGAAAGUCAUGUAAGCCUCUUCUACUGUGUUGUGUGUACUUAGCGUUGCAGUAGAAACUAGCCAGGAGGCUCAUUCAGUCAGCCAAGCAGUAGUCAAUCAGUCGAGCUUACUUUACCUUCCAGUGCAGUACGAAAACCUCGAUCUGUACGAUUGUGUGACAUAGAAACUCAAAUCAUUCGCAAUUAAAAAAAGUAGUGGGUGUCUGACCAGCAAAAUCGCCUUCACGAUGACCAGUGAGCAGUCUGCUGCAGUAGACAAAGAAAAUCUAGCGUAGCAUUUGCGAAACACAAAUUGAAUUACGACAAAGCAAGUUUUGCGACCAACAACAUUCACUGCAGUGCAAUCUUCAAGGUUUCCUCGGAAAUACACUUCGGCUGACGUGACGGUGUGCAAGUGUGUUCUCAUAUAUCACGACGCCAGAAAGUUUCGAGUGUGUCAUCUAAUUAGAAUCGGUUCUAUUCGUAAGAAACCGCUACCACAUAUUGACCAGUAGUAAUACGUGUGUAAGUGGUCAAGAGCAUCGUAGGCUCGACAGGGAGCGAAGAUGUCGCUUCGAGCAAUACAGAAACGGGACAGGAACAAAUUAUCAUCUGCCCAGCAAAAGCAGAAUCACUUUAUCAACAAAAGUCGUAGCUUUGGUGGAGGACCAACGGGCAUCGUUGUCAGCAGCAAUACCAACAUCAGUAGUGUUGGUGCUGGCGCUACUGGUGGCCCUCACCAUGAUAGUCAUCACCGUCAUCAUAACCAGCCAAGUAGUAAAAAUGAAAAGUGGAGAAAUUCAAGCACCGUCAGCAUAUCGUCUUCUAUAGCUCCUGCAACGACAGCUCUAACUCACAAGAAACGCUCUGUUUCGUAUCCGAGUCUGCAUAAACGCAACAACGCCACCCACUCAUCAUCAUCGCUGCGGUUCACCAAGUCGGAAAGUGAUCUCCACAACAGUGCCCAAUCCCCCGGAGGGAUUGCGUUGAGUGACGCAGUGAAUGCGAAUAAUUUGUACCUAGGUGCCAAAUCCGAGGUUUGCCUGCGGACGUUGGCAGUCAAGAGCACGCAUCAACCUCCGGCCCCGUUCAGGCAGGGCAGCGUGACCGGCGGAUCCAGCGGCCAACGGCAGAGAAUGUACGAAAGCAGCCGGAGGCCAUCGGAGCUCAGCGGUGGCGAAUUGGGCAGGGCCGACAAGUUCGCGGAAAUCAGUAGCAAUAACAAUGUCGCCGUUCGCAUACCAAUCAUCGGCUAUGAGGUCAUGGAAGAGAGAGCCCGAUUCACUAUCUUCAAACUGCGCAUCGAAAAUAGCAUCUCCCAUACAUGCUGGUUGGUACUGCGGCGCUACACCGAUUUUGUGCGUUUGAACAACAAACUGCGAACGUACUUCCCGCACUGCACUCUGAUACUCCCGCGGAAGAAAUGGUUCGGCGAUAACUUUAGCAGCGGUUUCAUCGACAACCGGAUACAGGGACUGCAAACCUUUAUCAACACCAUCAUGGGCGAUGAUGCCAUGCGAACCUGCCCGGUCGUUCGGGAGUUCUUCUGCCUCGACGAACCGCCAUCCUAUUCGGAGAGCAUGGAAGAAUCUAGGAUAAUUUUUGAAGUUCAGGAAGAAACUAUAUCUCAUCUGAAGCAACAGCUGCAGACCAAAGAUGAACUGAUUUCAGCCCUCCAGGCAAAACUCGCCAGCGAAAUGACUAGGAAUAAGGUGCUAAGUAACGUUGUACGGAACAGCAUCGAGGACUGCAAUAAAUGUGCAAAUCAGAUAAGCAACCACUUGAAAGAGUCUGCCAUCAAGUAGUACUGCUGUAUAUGAGGAUUCUGCAAACCACUUGUAGCUAUAUUAUUUUGUUUUAUAAUUUGAUUAUGAUUUAAGGAUAUGUUUCAUGGAUAGUGAACAACGACAAAUAAUACACCACGAAUGCCUUAAAUUGUUGACAUUAAGCAUAAACGAUGGUAUUUUCUAUAAGAAAUUUUGCUAGUUUGAUACACUACGAGUCAAACUAUGUACUAAAGUUUACUACGAUAUUAUAAGCAGCACUAUUUACCAUAGUUUUACAGUUUAAUUCGAAGGAAAUAUAAUCUCCACUAUUGUAUAA